AUGCCUCUAACAAGCAUUACCAACAUGCUCCCCUUCUGGUCGACCGCUCCUCCGGCAGCCCCAAAGCCCCCUCCUGUUGCCAUUGCUCCCAAGGAACAGCCGAUGCUUAGAAUAUGCUUCCCGCUUAAAAUCCAAAGAGGAGGGAACUCUUGGUGGGAAUACGAAGAGUAUCGGGUCCUGUUUCGGGAUAGAAUGAUGUGGCGACAGGCGUUUGGUCUUCAUCAGCAAGAUGAUCAUGAAAUGAGGUAUCAUAAGACCGCUGGUACGUGUGCCGUUAACGACGACGAUGAUACUGCUUUCAAAAGCCGUUGGUCAAGUUCAACGUCGGCAACGGAAUCAGAUAUCGAUAGUUGUCUUUCCGGCGCGAGCAUGUCCUCCAAAACAUCAUCUCAGCGACUAAAGCACCUCAUGACCCGUAUGCUGCUAUCAGCGGCUUCUUCUCGGUCGAGUAAAAGCAGAGAAGGAUCGCAGUCUUUCGCAUCUUCUUCCUCAUCAUCGAAACGCUCUACAAAACAGCAUCAGAAACUCCGACCUGAGCCCCUCAAGUUACUGUCGAAAAAGAUGCAGUCCCCUGACAGUGAAGCGAACGAAACGCAGCGUCACCGCGACGAUGCGCUCCGCUCGCUUGAAGGGAAAUCUCAAGCCCAAAAUAACAUGUCUUUUGCGACAUUUCGGAACAUGUUCAAUGCACGAAAAUGGCAGGAUGAAGACGUACUAUCACCGGUUCAACGUACUUUCCCUUCUCUUCAACCGAAAACUACGCCGCAAGAUCAGAGAGUCAUCGGCCUCUCGUCCGAAGAAUGGGCUGAUCUCAAAGAUGACAUUCUUAAAGGACUAAAGAGUGAUAUAGGUGGGAUAUUUCCCCCUUAUACAGAAGGCCAAAAGGUCAUGGUCAUGCCCGUGCAACACGUAGAGAGCUUGUUGUUCAGAAGGCAGACAGUUCUACCUGGAGAGAGCAUGCAAAGGGUUGGUCUGAAAGCAGCGUUGGAGAGUAUUGAAGCAAAUCAUUGGGAAGACAUUAUUUUCAUCUCGUAA